UUUGUAACCUGCAGUGAAACAUUUCCGGCUGUAAUGCAGGAAUCUGAAGUAACGCCACCUGAACCGAGACUUUGACACGUUGAGCCGAGGAGGAAACAGGCCAUUUCCCACCCAAAGUUAAACUGCUUCCAUGUCUGUGACCUCCUCCUCCUCCAGCAGCCCGCUGAACAAAGUCACCGGUGGGCGGGACCACGGCGCUCAGUUUUCAGCCCUCUCCUAGUGUCACUGCGAUGAUCUCGGCCUCCCAUUGGCUCCUGUCUGCGCACACGUCACAAUCAUGAUUAGAAUUGAUGAUCGGACGUUCUGAUUUCAUUGUCUAGCAAAAGGGGACUGCUGAAGAAAUCUGCUGAAUUUGAACGUUCGUGUGAUUUUGACAUCAAACAUGCCACAUUACUCGACGGUGUGCCAGGUACACUGAGACAAGAUGAGUACGACCAAAAUAGUGCUAACCUAGAAAAUAUGGAGGUUUUGCUGUGAUCUGCAUGGCUGCCCCGUUCCCCUCCAGUAGCAGAAUGGAUGCGUGGCCACAAAGACGUGGCCUGCAGACUAUGAACCUGCGCUCAGUGUUCACAGCUGAACAGCAGAGGAUCCUAGAACGUUACUAUGAUAAUGGGAUGACCAAUCAGAGCAAGGCCUGCUUCCAGUUAAUACUGCAGUGUGCUCAGGAGGCCAAACUGGACUUCAGUGUUGUCCGGACAUGGGUUGGCAACAAAAGACGUAAACUCGCCUCCAAAGUUGACCAGAAUGGAGGCAUGUCUCAUUCCUUAUCUAGCCACGGACUAGCUGCGGGGCUCCUCUCCAAUCACACAUUAGCUGGAGGUGCUCUGUCCAAUCACAGCCUAGCGGCAGGGGCACUGCUUCCUGCUGAUUUAGCUUCACGGAGCAUCCAGAAUCGCGUGCACCUUCUUCCUCCAUCUUCAUCCUUCCCGUCUUUCUCCUCAACAUCUUCAUCCCCUUCGUCUUCCUCUCCCCUCAGCAGUGGAAGCAACAACAACAACAACAAUAACGAUGUAAUACUGACUGGGAUCUAUUCUCUGAACUCUGUCCCUCGCUCCCGACCACGGCCUGCGGCCCCAUCCCAGUCAGACUCUGAGCUCUCUGCACACACAUCCUCAUCCCUGAUCAACCAGGUGCUGCAGAGCAGGAACAGCUCCACCUCCUCACCCGUCCACUCCAAGUUAGUGUCACUCUCUCAGAAUCUCCCAUCCCUCACAUCUGCCUCAGGGCCUUUAGUCUACACUGCAGUCAGGAAGGGCACUUUACCCCUUGGGGAGGGAGGGAUAAGUGUAGGAGCAGGGGUGGUACCUCACAGCUGGACUAGACAGUACGGUACAGCGCAAACUCGCCCUUGGUCCUCUUCCUCACAAUCCCAAGCUCAGCUCCAGCCCAGACCUCACUCCAACCCCCAACCUCAGCCUCCGGCUCCACAAAAGACUCGGGUGUCGUCCGUAGUCCAAAACUCUGGCACCUCCUCUGAACAGACACCUCGUAUUCAGCAGGUCUUCACCUUGUCAGAAAGGGGUGAAAGGGACCGACUUCGACCUGCACAAGCACCUGCUCGGAAAAGCCAGGAGACCCGUCGGCCGGCACCUCACCGUCUGGACACCUUCCAUACCUUCUCUAUUGCCAUGGAAACGGGUGAUGAGGAAGACGAGUGGCAAAGGGAAGAGGAGUUGGCAAAUAUGGCCGCUCAAACACAUAUCCACAAGGAGCAGACCUCACCCAGCCCGACUGGGGCUGAAGUGUGCGUCAUCGGAGGAAGCCACACACCACCUAUGACUAGCUCCAGACCUGCAUUACUUCACAGCAACACAGCUCUUCAGGGCAGCUACUCCCUCACAGCACAGACCUCACUUACAGGGGAAUCCAGCUCACAGACUUCAGUUGGUGUGGCUGCUGCCCCGUGGGUUAUCAGCAACUCCAGAAAGAGAACACUGCAGGAUCGGACCCAGUUUAGUGAUGGAGAUCUCAUCCAGCUGAAGCGCUACUGGGACCGAGGCAUGACCAGCCUGGGCUCAGUGUGCAGGGAGAAGAUCACUGCUGCAGCAAACCAACUCAAUGUAGACACUGAAAUAGUCAAGACAUGGAUCAGUAACAGACGGAGGAAGUACCGUCUGAUGGGUAUUGAAAUCCCUCCUCCUAAAGGCGGGCCUGCUGUAUUCUCAACCUCAUCCCCUGGAAACGAAUCUCCGGUGGCCCUCAGCCCCGACGGCGAGCCGCUCAGUACGCCUGAACUUGGAGAUGACUUAAACGAUGGGGGAUCUGUGUGCCUCUCUGAGGAUGGCACCAUCGAUUCACAACACAGAGACGGAGAGGAUGGAACAGAUGUGUCCGCUGCUGCUCCGCUGGCCAACAAUGUGAAAAUCGAAGUAAUUGAUGAGGAUGAAGAAGUUGAUGAUGAUGAAGAUGGUGAUUUAGUAGCUUCGGACCUCGAGCAAAUGCAGAACCUGCUAGAAUUCAAGCAUGAGGAAGUGCAGUUCUUAGAGAACGAGCUAGAGAACCAAAAACAAAAAUACCAGGAACUAGUCAGUUUCACGAAGAGCCUGCUCUACGCUGUGAGGGAUAACGACCUGGAGAAACAGCAGGAACUCAUGGCCAGUCUACCUCAGCCUUCAGACCAGGACUGGGACAUCGCAGUGGACAGAGGAGCCGAGGCUGCUGCUGAGUCAGCAGAUGCAUCUCCCAUCCACGAUUACCCCCAGACAGCCGGUGCGAGGGGCAUCGAUCCUCUGCACGGCCAAGCAAACGAAGAAGUCCCGCUGGUCACCAUAAACGAAGACGAUACAAUAACUGAAGUUACAGAGCCCUCUGCAUCAGAGGAGCAGCUGCUGGAAGCAGCUACUGAACAAGAGUGACUGUCUCAUUGACAUCACCUCGCACACACACACAAGCUCAUACAGAUAUGUUUUCACACUUCCACACAAGAGAGACUGUACGAUUUUCACAUUUACACAAACACUCUGGUAAACUCGUACUCCGCGCCCAGUGCCUGUGGAUUGAUGCUUCACUACGACUGUUGGGCUGACUGAUGCCUUUUUUACUGCAUAUCAUUCGCCUUGCUCUGGUUCACUCCAGAGAGAACAAUAAAGACCUCUAACUUA